AUGGCUCUUCUUUCCAUCUUUUCCGCCGCGCUUCUGCUUCUCGAUUCUUCGACUGCUCAAAUCAUUGCAGGCUUCCAAACAAGCAUCCGUCAAGUUCCGGACUGCGAUGCUCUUAUUGCAGCUGGACUAGUUAAUCGGGUGUUCUUUCCGCCUGAUUCGGAGUAUAACUCCAGCAUCGCAUCAUACUGGUCCGGAACCGUCCAGCAGCUUCACCCAUGGUGCGUCGUCAAGCCCGAGACAACAGAGGAAGUCUCGUCCGCCCUUUCAGCUCUCGUGAAGACGAGCUCAGCUGGCAACUGGGAUAUUGCUGUUCGGGCUGGCGGUCACUCUCACUACCCUUCCAAUAAUGUGGCUCAAGGCGUGACAAUUGACCUCAGCCGCAUGAAUGCAACAAUCUACAAAAACUGCAGUGGCACGGCAUCAACCCAACCAGGUGCCAGGUGGGGAUCGGUCUACAAGGAGAUUGAGAAAUACGGCCAAUCAGUGACCGGAGGACGCGAGGGUAAUGUUGGCGUCGGAGGUCUGACUCUCGGCGGCGGCGCCUCGUUCCAUACCGGUACCAGAGGCUUUGCCUGCGACGAUGUCAAAAACUACGAGGUGGUCUUGGCCAACGGGUCAAUCGCGAACGCCAACGCGGGAGAGAACCCAGAUCUGUUCAAGGCUCUGAAGGGUGGCAGCAGCAAUUUUGGUAUCGUGACUCGUUUCGACAUGCAGACGUUCCCGGCGGCGCACGGAGGUCUCUAUGGGGGCUUGUUGUUCAUGAGUUAUGACCAGAAGCAGGCUGUGAUGGAGCAGUUUGUGAGGCUCAUUGACAUCAACGAGGAUCAUCCAGAAGACACCGAGGUCGUCACCUUUACGUAUUCUGGGGAGGGGCCGCCCAUGAUUGCGAUUAAUGCCAUCAACACGGCUGGCAUCGCCAACUCAACCUCAUUCGCUCCUCUUGCAAGUAUUCCUGCCAUUAUCGAUGACAGAAAGCGGAAAACGUACGGCACCCUCAUCACGGACUAUGCCACAGCUGGAGGCAAGAGGAACGUAUGGUUCUCUCUUUGUUUCCACAACGACAUUGACAUGAUGACAAAGAUGUCAGAGCUAUAUGAUGAGCUACUUAUACAACUUCAGGCCCUAAUCCCCUCGCCUGAUCUCGGUCUUUCUGUCGUCAGUCAGCCCCUACCCAGGCACUUUGCGACAAAGGGCAGCGGCAACAACGUCCUGGGUCUCGAUACAUCUUUGACACAUAACUCGAUUGUUUGGCUCGUACAAGCCCAGACUCGCACUGGAGAACAAGAGGCGCUGGCUCAUGCCAAGCUGGCCGCUAUGACCGCGAAGCUCGAGGCUUACGCCGAAGCCAAUGGGAAGGCGACGGCAUGGCGGUACCUCAACUACGUGAACCCUGCCCAAGAUCCAAUCAGCACGUAUGGUGAGGAUAAUGUCAGGUUUCUGAAGGAGGUUGCUGCCAAGUACGAUCCAACCGGGGUUUUCCAGACUAGGAUCCCAGGAGGUUUUAAGAUUUCUAAGGUGGUGCUAUGA